CACACCCUUCCACUUCCCCAACAUAGAAAAUAACAAGAAAAAUUUGAAAAAAAAUCUCUGAUCCGUGAAGGCUCGGAUCCCCUGCUCUACACUCCAAAUUUCAUGUCCUGUUUCUUCAUUUUUGUUUCUUUUGGGUUUCAUAUGUAGUUUUUCUCCCUGAAAUUUCCUCUCAUGCGGGUUUACGAUGCUUAACGUACACCCUUCUACAGGGUCUUGUUAGAUCCCAUUCUUGCCGUUUCCUUUUUAUUUCUUUCCUUUAAAUUUUUCUUUCUUUCUUUUCAUGUUUGCCUUAUUCGUAUAGUUCUUCUAUCUGCAUUGGGAAAAUAGCGAUCUUUGCUAACAAUGGAGAUUUCUUAUUGGAUCUUUGUUUUUUCGAUUCUUCUCUUCUCUUUGGUAUCUGGGUCUUCCUCAAUUGAUAAUUUUCAUCAACCAUUUCCUAUUGUGGAGCCUGAUCCUGGUCAUACAAAGCUUCGUCUUUCAAGGGAAGGCUUGGAAGCCAUCAGCAGAAUAACUACCCCUAUUUCAGCUGUUGCUGUCAUUGGUCCCUACCGUUCUGGCAAAUCUUUUCUGCUAAAUCAACUUCUUUCACUGUCUUGUGAUGAAGGAUUUGGUGUUGGACACAUGCGUGACACAAAAACAAAGGGGAUUUGGGUUUGGGGAACCCCGCUAGAAGUGGAUAUUGAUGGAGUAAGAACUUCUGUUUUCUACCUUGACACCGAGGGUUUUGAAAGUGUUGGGAAGUCAAAUGUAUACGACGAUAGGAUUUUUGCAUUGGCAACUGUUAUGAGCUCUGUACUAAUUUACAACCUGCCUGAGACGAUUCGUGAAGCUGACAUAUCUCGGCUGUCAUUUGCUGUUGAGCUUGCUGAAGAAUUUUAUGGAAGGUUUGUGCUUCUUCCAUGUACUAAAUUGAAAGUAAUACCAACUAACCUUUCUUGUGGUUUGCUUGACUAAUAUUACAUGGAGAACAGAGUGAAGGGACAAGACAUUGCUUUUGAACCUGCAAAACUUUUGUGGCUUAUCCAGCGUGAUUUUCUGCAAGGAAAAUCAGUGAAAGAAAUGGUGGAUGAGGCACUUAGGCAUGUCCCUAACAGUGAUGGGGACAAAAAUAUUGAUCAGGUUAACCAGAUUCGGGACUCAUUAGCUGUAAUGGGGGAUAACAGCACGGCAUUUAGCUUACCACAACCUCAUCUCAUGCGAACAAAGCUUUGUGACCUGAAGGAUGACGACCUUGAUCCCAUGUAUGUUAAGAAAAGAGGGCAAUUGAAAGAGCUUGUGGCUAGUAUUAUACGCCCAAAGAUCGUGCAGGGAAAGUAUUUAAACGGAAAGGAAUUUGUUUCUUUCCUCGAGCAGAUACUCGAUGCUUUGAAUAAAGGGGAGAUCCCAUCAACAGGCUCUCUCGUAGAGGUUUUCAAUAAAGGUAUCCUUGAGCGAUGUUUGAAGCUAUACAGUGAAAGGAUGGGAAAAUUAAGAUUACCUAUGCCAGAGCAAUCCUUACAAGAUGCACAUGAAAGGUCCCGAGAGGAAGCAAUGAAGGCUUUUGAGGAACAACAUUUUGGCCGUCACCAUGCAAAGAAAUCUGCUGACCAACUGGAUGAAGAAAUGAAGGAGGUAUUUAAGAAUGUCAUUAUGACGAAUGAAUAUCAGUCCACAAGGCUGUGUGAGGCACUAUAUACCAAAUGUGAGGACAGAAUGGACCAGCUUCAAGUUCUUAGACUUCCUACUAUGGCAAAAUUUGAUGCAGGUUUACAGCAAUGUAACCAAAGCUUUGAGCAGGAGUGUGUUGGGCCUUCGAAAGCCAAUUACGAGCAACGAAUAAUGAAGAUGCUGGGAAAGUCGCGUUCUCUGUUUAUCAAGGAAUACAAUCAAAGGCUCUUCAAUUGGUUGGUGGCCUUCUCCCUUGUCAUGGUGGUGAUUGGUCGGUUCAUCAUAAAAUUUAUUUUGGUCGAAAUGGCAGCAUGGAUACUAUUUAUAUUCUUAGAGACAUAUACGAGGAUGUUCUGGUCAGCGGAGUCUCUUUACUACAAUCCUGUGUGGCACUUCAUCGUAUCCGCUUGGGAAACUAUUGUUUACAGCCCCAUCCUUGAUUUGGACAGGUGGGCAAUUCCCAUUGCUUGUAUGGCAGCAUUGGGGAUACUUUAUUGCCGGUGUUAUGGAAGACGGAAACACGGGUCACAGUGGCUUUUACCGCUGUACAACCAUCAGAAAGGUGGUUCAAAUAGACCAAGAUCAGAUUAAUAGAGAGAUGUCUAUGCCAUUUGGUUUGGUAGUCUGCUUUUGAACAAUCAUCUCCGGCGAGCUUUUUACAUAUCUUUCAUUAACGUAUGAAAGGCCGCCAAUCGGUUUUUUGUUCUGGAUAGGUUCCAGCCGGCUGGUCUGACCUGCGAUUUGUCAAAUCAAAGUCUGGGAAAGAAUGAGAAGAUGAUGAGGCAGGCAGGCAAACUUUAUAGUAUCUUUUUACUGUAACAUUUUUAACACAAAAUCAUUUGUAUUAAUAUAUAAUCUUUUAAUUUGUUUAAAAUGUCAAUUAUUUAAUA